GAGAAAUCUAUAUAUACCCUACAACCCCCUACCCUCAAAGCAAUGCAUCCUCGCAAUACCCCCCCCCCCCCUAGAAGAGAACGAACCCCCCUCUUGCCAAUCAUGGCCACCAUAAUCAUACUUACCACCACCUCUCUCCUACAAGCAAUCACGCCCACCGCCAACGCCCUCUGCUACACCCUCGACGGCUCGAUUUCCAACGACCUACCCUGCCACAGCAACGGCAGCAGCACCACCGAUGUAAGCGUAUGUUGCGAAGAGGGCUUCUUCUGCACAUCGGGUCUGCUCUGUUUGCCGUCGAAGGAGAAACCGGAUGUCCUUAUACGCGGGACAUGUACGGAUAAGACGUGGGCUUCGCCGGGGUGUCCGAGGAAUCGUGUUGCUAACAACCCCAGCGGCGGCGAAUAUGUCAUGCUCUGCGGCGAGGAUUCAAAUGAAUAUUGCUGCUCGCAAGUGAACUGCUGCGAUGACCCCAAGGCCUCGCGAUUCACGCUUGAUGAACAGAGCAUCGUGGCAACGACUGGCCAAACGCCGCCGCCGCCGCCGCCGCCGCCCACGACGAUGACGACAACGACGACGACGACGACGGGGAGUAGUAGCGCGCCCACUACCAGUACCACUACGACGCCUGCGCCAAGUACCGGAACCGAAACGAAAACUAAAACAGAAACUGGAACUGGAACCUCCGCUUCGAGAUCGGGGACCAGACUACCCGCAUCGACGUCUUCGGGUAAUAUUGGUAGCGGGAGCGAGAGCGGGAGCGGGAGCUCGAGUUCAAGAACAACCGCAAUCGGUGCUGGAGUUGGUGUGGGAGUUGGCGUAGUCCUUUUCGGUGCGGCUGGGUGGAUCUUCUUCUGGAGACGACGGAAGACGAGACUGGGCCCGCUCGCUGAAGAACAGGAUUCCAUGAAGCAAGGGACUGGUUAUUCGCUGGUGCCUCCGCGGUUAAUAUCGGAGAUGCAUGGUGAAGGGAAACAGAUUAGUGAGAUGGAAGGGUAGCUGUAGCGGUUCGUUAAAGUAGUUGAGUUCAAGAGACUUUGGCAGACAAAGCUAUGCUUUUUGAUGUUUUUUUUUUAUCAAUUUUCGGCCACUUCAAUAUAUGUAAGAAUAUCAUCAAUUGGCAAAGAAAUUUUAAGAGAAG